AUGGUGUCCCGGGACCAGGUCCACCUAGGCCCCAAGUAUGUGGGCCUCUGGGACUUUGAGGCACGGACAGAUGAGGAGCUGAGCUUCCGGCAGGGGGACAUCUUCCACGUGACCAGGAAGGAGGAGCAGUGGUGGUGGGCCACCCUGCUGGACUCUGCAGGUGCGGCCCUUGCUGAGGGCUAUGUGCCCUGCAACUACCUGGCAGAGGAGGAGGCCGGGGAGUCCGAGCCGUGGUUCUUUGGCCAAAUCUCCCGCUCAGAGGCCGUGCACCAGCUACAGGCGGAGGGCAACCCCACUGGUGCCUUCCUGAUCCGGGUCAGCGGGAAGCUGGGAGCAGACUACGUUCUCUCUGUGCGGGACGCUCAGGUCGUGCGGCACUACAGGAUCUGGCGGCGCUCUGGCCGGCUACACUUGAACGAGGCAGUGUCCUUUCCCAGUCUGCCUGAGCUCCUGGACUACCACAAGGCCCAGAGCCUGUCCCAUGGCCUGCGGCUGACCGUGCCCUGCUGUAAGCACGAGUCGGAGCCCCUGCCCCACUGGGCCAACUGGGAGAGGCCAAGGGAGGAGUUCACGCUCUGCCGGAAGCUGGGCGCUGGCUAUUUUGGGGAGGUCUUUGAAGGGCUCUGGAAAGACCAGGUCCGAGUGGCCAUCAAGGUGAUUUCCCGAGACAACCUCCUGCACCAGAACACCUUCCAGCGGGAGAUCCAGGCCAUGAAGCAGCUGCGGCACAGGCACAUCCUGGCGCUGUACGCCGUGGCGUCCCUAGGGGACCCCGUCUACAUCAUCACGGAGCUCAUGCCCAAGGGGAGCCUGCUGCAGCUGCUGCGGGACUCUGAUAAGCAAGCCCUGCCCAUCUCGGAGCUGGUGGACCUUGCAUCGCAGGUGGCGGAGGGCAUGUGCUACUUGGAGUCACAGAACUAUGUUCAUCGGGACCUGGCUGCCAGGAACAUCCUUGUGGGGGAGAACAAUAUCUGCAAAGUGGGGGAUUUUGGGCUGGCCAGGCUCAUCAAGGAGGACAUCUACCUCUCCCAUGACCACAGCAUCCCCUACAAGUGGACAGCCCCUGAGGCACUCUCCCUAGGGCAUUAUUCCAUCAAAUCUGAUGUCUGGUCCUUCGGGGUCCUCCUCCAUGAGAUCUUCAGCAGGGGUCAGACACCUUACCCAGGCAUGUCCAACCACGAAGCCUUCCUGAGGGUGGACGCUGGCUACCGCAUGCCUUGCCCCCUGGAGUGCCCACCUCCCGUGUACGGGCUGAUGUGCUCCUGCUGGAGCAGGGACCCAGAGCAGAGGCCUUGCUUCCAAGCCCUGUGGGAGAGACUCUCUGGCUUCACCAGGUAYGAGAACCCACUCUGAGAUGCCUUGGGGGCUGCCUGGCCUGGUCCUGGCUGUCCUGGACCUCAGGAGAAGUGUGGUCCUUUAGCUGACUGACCUGAUGGUGGCACAGCAAACWGCACGUGGGGACCUGAGGAAGCAGCAGAGCAGCUACAUGACUCUGACAAGCAGCAGGCUGCAGGCCUGGCCCAAUGCCCUCACUGGCC